UCUAUUAAAAUUCCAUUACCCAACAAUGUGCUUCUGGGUGUAGGCUCUCGUAUAAAUAACUCCCGUCCACGGUGGUUGGAUCAUUCCCAGCAACGGAGCAGCAUCAGUUUCCAACAGCAAACACGUUCCCCACCAGAACAAGUCAUCAAUACAAUAAUGAAUCCCAUUUACGGAAAAGUUUUCCUGGUCGUGUGCAGCACCCUGCUGGCUAGUGUGGCCGGUGCUCCCAACACUUGCGGCAAGCUGGAUCUGAAGACGGACCCGUUCACCUGCUGCACCAUCCCGAAGCUGCUGGACGUGUCGAUCGUGAGCAGCUGCUUCGAGAAGUUCCCCAUCGAUAAGGAUGCUGCGGACAAGGGAACCGGCGGCAUGCCCAAGACGGAGUGCAUGUCCGAGUGUAUCCUGAACAGCACCGGCAUCUACAACAAUCGUGGCGAUCUCAACGAGAAGAAGCUGAACAGCGUGUUCACUGACAGCCUGCCGCAGAACAGCCCGUGGUUGAGCGUGGUCCGCAAGGCAAUCAAGGAAUGCUCGGCGAAGGCUACCAAGAAGGACAAGGAGUUCGUGAAGGCCGUUGCUGACCAGAAGAAAGCCGCCGGCAAGGGAGCUACGGUGUGCAAUCCGGAGGCAAGCUUCCUGGUCGACUGCAUCCACACCACGGUGUUCAGCGAAUGUCCAGUUAACCUGCGCUCGACCACCACGGAGUGUGACGCCAUCUGGAAGUUCCUGAAGAACUGCCCAUUCAGCGCCCUGCGUCAGUAAGUCGGCGAAAACACUGCUCCAGCACGUUGUUCGGUUGACACAAACUUGGGUGAUGGGUUCUAAUGCAAUGCGGCUCUGCUCUGCUUGUUGCCGCUCAGCACCAGCAGAGGGAAACGAAACAAACGGUCAGAAAUAAAGACUUGAAACACUUGAAAACGUAAA